UACUCCCAGAAAGCAUUUGUUCGGCUGACUGGAAGACCUUUAGUUUUGAGUUUCGUGUUACAUAGUAGAAUAACAUGGAGUCACAAGCAGAAAAUCUUGCUGCAGUACUGCACAUCAAAGAUAUUAUUCGCAUAGAAAAGAGACCAAUUCCAGAACCAGGAGAAAAUGAGGUCCAGAUACGAAUGUCAUGUGUAGGCAUAUGUGGUUCUGAUGUUCAUUAUGUGCAGUACGGUUAUACUGGAAAAAGUGUUGUAGAAAAACCUAUGGUUCUUGGUCAUGAAGGAGCUGGAAUCAUUACAAAGCUUGGACCAGGAGUCAAGAAUCUCAAAAUAGGUGACCGUGUAGCUAUUGAGCCAAACAGUCCAUGCAGAAGAUGCAACUACUGUAAACUUGGGAGAUACAACUUAUGCACAGAUGUCUCUUACUGUGGAGCACCACCUCAUGAUGGCAGCCUUAGUUAUUAUUAUAAGCAUCCAGCUGAUUUCUGUUUUAAGUUGCCUGAUAAUAUGUCCAUGGAGGAAGGUGCCCUCAUUCAGCCACUUUCAGUUGGUGUUCAGGCAUGUUUUAAGGCAGAAGUAACACUGGGAUCUGUUGUUCUGAUAACUGGAGCUGGUCCUAUUGGGCUUGUCACACUUGUUGCAGCAAAAGCAAUGGGAGCAUCUAAGGUGAUCAUCACAGAUAUUAUUGCUCAUCGUCUCCAAGUAGCUAAAACAUUUGGAGCUGACUUCACUCUUCAAGUCUCACAGAAUGAUAUUGUGGAACAACAGGUUGAAAAAAUACAUUCCAUGCUAAAUGAAGCACCUGACAUAAGCAUCGAUUGCUGUGGGCUCGAAGAAACUGUUAAGUUAUGUUUGCAGGCAACUCGUUCUGGAGGCAAACUGGUUGUUGUUGGCUUAGCUGGACGUGAAAUGACCCUUGAACUUGGGAAAGGUAUAUUCCGUGAAGUUGAUGUUCGUGGUGUUUUUCGUUUCUGCAAUGUCUAUCCUGCAUCACUGUCACUGAUUGCCUCACAAAAAGUGGAUCUCAAGAGUUUAAUUACACAUAACUUCCAUUUAAAGGACACAGAGAAGGCAAUCCAGACUGCUAUAUCAAAAGAAGGGAAUCCUAUUAAAAUAAUGCUUCACUGCAAUUAAUCUAUACACCCUUCAAAAGUUGCCUCCUCACAAGUAUAUAACCACGUGUGUUAUUGUACCAUUGUACUAUAUCUUGUUAUUUUACAUUCAAAACUUGGGAAAAUUAUUGUAUGAUAAGUAAAGAUGAACUAUGU